AUGUUUGCUAUACAUCAAAGAUUCUUCAGUUUACUUUUUGCAGUAAGUGUUUUAUGUUUCGAUGGUGUGAGUAUGUCAAACUUUAAUGAUCUACAGAGACUUCACAAGCAUCUCAUUGAACAAAUGGAUAUUGAUAUAAGACCAGUAAUUAACCAAUCUGAUACCCUACAUGUCGAUGUAGUGCCAGUUCUAACACAUUUACAUGGACUUGAUGAGAAAAAUCAAGUUCUUACUUCAACUUUCGCCAUGCAACUUUCAUGGAAGUAUGAAACUUUCACAUGGAAUUCUUCUGAGUUUGGAGAAGCAGACAGUUUUAUUAUUUCUGCAGGAAGUGUAUGGACACCUGAUGUUACCUAUCAAAAUGCCUACAGAGAAAACAUAGGGGUUGAUAAAAGAACAGGAUCGAAAGUUACAAUAAAAAAUGAAGGCAUGGCAGUAUGGAACACAGGUGCCAAUCUUCAGACAGGCUGUAACGUGGACAUAAAAAAAUAUCCUUUUGAUACACAAAUAUGUAAAAUCAUUUUGGGUAAAACAACCUAUUCAGACUCGCAAGAAAGUUUGAGAUCUGUAAAAAAUAAAAUGGCGAUACAAAUGACAGAGGAAAACAAUGAAUGGCUGAUUGUAGACACAAAUAUCAAAUACAUAACUCGCCGGCCUUAUCUGACUUACAUAGAAAUACAGAUUAUACUGGAAAGGAGGUAUCUAUAUUAUGUACUAAAUGUAAUAAUACCAGUAGUUAUGCUGUCUAUGAUGAAUGUUUUCACUUUCAAGUUACCAUCAUCUUGUGGUGAAAGGAUAGGCUACAAUAUCUCCUUACUGUUGACCUACGUAGUUCUUUUAAACAUGAUCAGUGAUUCAGUACCACGAGUGUCUAAAUAUGUAUCAUACAUUCAACUGUACAUUGUUACACAGUUUUCUAUGGCUAUCAUCAUCUCGAUUUUAUCUAUCACUGUUGUCCGAAUGGAGAAUGACAAGUAUCAAACAAAAGUACCGCAAUUUGUGUCACUCUUAUUCAGAAAGUUCUUAAGAUGCAGUAAAAAUGUAAGGCAGGUUGAUGUGACAAAUGAAGAAAAAGAUGGAGGCUUGCAGUUAGAAGGACAAAAAGAUCUUGAUAUUGGAGAUAGGACAGGAACAGUGAUGAAGGAAACAGUAAGCAGCAAGAAUCCGACUUUGGUACAGUUUCUAGACAGUAUCUGUUUUUGGACCUUUAUGACUUUCUUUGUUACUUCAACAACUGUAUGUAUGUUAGUUAUGAUUCUGUAA